CCCGGCGCACUGCCGACAGCCUCCACCCGCUACCAGGAGCUGCAGGAAUGACCGACAAUAUCCCGCUACAGCCGGUGAGACGGCCGAAAAGACACGACAGUAAACACAGAAAUGGGUGCUGCCCGUGGUCGAGAUGCUGUGGCCUGGGUGACUUCCGUCCCCGCACCGUGUGGCUCGGCCACCCAGAAAAGAGGGAGCAGAGGUACCCCAGGAAUGUCAUUAACAACCAGAAGUACAACUUCUUCACCUUCCUGCCCGCGGUACUGUUCAACCAGUUCAAGUACUUCUUCAACUUGUACUUUUUGCUCUUGGCCUGCUCCCAAUUUGUCAACGAGCUACGCUUAGGCGCCCUCUACACCUACUGGGUCCCUCUGGGUCUUGUUUUGAUCGUUACCGUCAUCAGAGACGCAGUUGAAGAAAUAAGAUGCUACAUUCGAGACAAAGAAGUGAACUCUCAGAUUUACAGCAAGCUUUCAACAAGAGGCACAGUGAAGGUUAAAAGCAGCAGUAUUCAAGUUGGAGAUCUUAUAAUUGUGGAAAAGAACCAGCGUGUUCCUGCUGACAUGAUCUUUUUAAGGACCUCUGAAAGAAAUGGCUCCUGUUUCCUGCGGACUGACCAGCUGGAUGGAGAGACGGACUGGAAACUACGCCUCCCAGUGGCCUGCACACAGAGACUGCCAACUGCUGCCGACCUCCUGCAAAUCAGAUCAUACGUGUAUGCCGAAGAACCAAACAUUGAUAUCCACAACUUUAUUGGAACUUUCACCAGAGAAGACGGGGACCCUCCGGUCAACGAAAGCCUCAGCAUUGAGAACACUCUGUGGGCCAGCACCGUGGUUGCCUCUGGCACAGUGGUGGGGGUUGUGAUUUACACAGGCAGGGAGCUGCGCAGUGUCAUGAACACCUCCAACCCAAGACAUAAGGUGGGUUUGUUUGACUUGGAAGUGAACUGCUUGACUAAGAUCCUGUUUGGAGCCCUGGUGGUGGUGUCACUGGUAAUGGUGGCCCUCCAGCACUUCGCUGGUCGUUGGUACCUCCAGAUCUUUCGCUUCCUGUUGCUCUUCUCCAACAUUGUGCCCAUUAGUUUGCGCGUCAAUCUGGAUAUGGGGAAGAUAGUUUUCAGUUGGAUGAUUAAGAAGGAUUCCAAGAUCCCCGGGACGAUGGUGAGGGCCAGCACCAUACCUGAACAGCUUGGACGCAUCUCCUACCUGUUGACAGACAAAACAGGGACUCUUACUCAAAAUGAAAUGGUGUUCAGGCGGCUCCACCUUGGAACUGUGGCGUAUGGGAUGGACUCGAUGGAUGAAGUACAAAGUCAUGUAUUCAGCGCCUACACACAGCCCACCCAUGACCUUCCAGCCUCCAGGGCUCCGGCAGCCACUAAGGUCCGCAAAACCAUCAGCAGUAGAGUCCAUGAGGCUGUGAAGGCCAUCGCUUUGGUGCACAACGUGACGCCGGUGUACGAGUCCAACGGAGUGACGGACCAGGCCGAGGCCGAGCAGCAUUAUGAAGACACAUGCAGAGUGUACCAGGCCUCCAGCCCUGAUGAGGUGUCGCUGGUGCAGUGGACUGAGAGUGUUGGCCUGACACUGGUGGGAAGAGACCAGUCCUCCAUGCAGCUGCGGACCCCUACUGGCCAAAUACUGAACUUCACCAUCCUGCAGAUAUUCCCCUUCACCUAUGAGAGCAAGAGGAUGGGCAUCAUAGUGCGAGAUGAAUCUACAGGAGAGAUCACUUUCUACAUGAAGGGUGCUGAUGUGGUGAUGGCAGGCAUCGUCCAGUAUAAUGAUUGGCUGGAAGAGGAGUGCGGAAACAUGGCGAGGGAAGGCCUGAGGGUCCUUGUGGUCUCCAAGAAGUCCCUGACAGAGGAGCAGUAUCAAGAUUUUGAGGCGCGAUACGUCCAGGCCAAGCUGAGUGUCCAUGACCGCUCUCUGAAGGUGGCCACAGUGAUUGAGAGUCUAGAGAUGGAGAUGGAGCUGCUGUGUCUGACUGGGGUGGAGGACCAGCUCCAAACUGACGUCAGGCCCACCCUGGAGAUCCUCCGCAACGCAGGCAUCAAGGUUUGGAUGCUGACAGGAGAUAAGCUUGAAACGGCCACAUGCACCGCUAAGAACGCCCAUUUGAUCACCCGCAGCCAGGACAUCCAUAUUUUCAGACCCGUGACAACACGAGGGGAAGCCCACCUGGAGCUCAACGCUUUCAGGAGAAAACACGACUGCGCGCUGGUGAUAUCGGGGGACUCGCUUGAGGUUUGUCUGAAAUACUAUGAGUAUGAGUUCAUGGAACUUGCAUGUCAGUGUCCGGCUGUGGUUUGCUGCCGAUGUACCCCCACACAGAAGGCUCAGAUAGUCCGGCUGCUCCAGGAGCGCACAGGCAAGCUCACCUGCGCUGUAGGGGAUGGAGGAAACGAUGUCAGCAUGAUCCAGGAAGCCGACUGUGGCGUGGGAGUGGAGGGAAAAGAAGGAAAGCAGGCCUCGCUGGCUGCAGACUUCUCGGUGACUCAGUUCAAACAUUUGGGCCGUCUCCUCAUGGUCCACGGUCGGAACAGCUACAAAAGGUCUGCAGCCCUCAGUCAGUUUGUCAUCCACAGGAGCCUGUGCAUCAGCGCCAUGCAGGCGGUCUUCUCCUCUGUUUUCUACUUUGCUUCAGUCCCACUCUACCAAGGAUUCCUGACUAUUGGCUACUCCACUGUGUACACCAUGUUCCCCGUCUUCUCCCUGGUGCUGGACAAAGAUGUCAAGUCAGAGGUUGCCAUGUUGUACCCAGAAUUGUACAAAGAUCUCUUGAAGGGUCGACCACUGUCCUUCAAGACAUUUCUAAUCUGGGUCUUAAUAAGUAUCUAUCAAGGGAGCAUCAUCAUGUACGGAGCACUGCUGCUCUUCGAGUCGGAGUUCGUCCAUAUCGUCGCCAUUUCCUUCACGUCUCUCAUCCUGACCGAGCUGCUGAUGGUGGCCCUGACCAUUCAGACGUGGCACUGGCUCAUGAUAGUCGGCGAGCUCCUGAGCUUGGCCUGUUACGUCGCCUCGCUCGUCUUCCUGCACGAGUUCAUAGACGUGUACUUCAUCACCACAGUGUCGUUCCUGUGGAAGGUGACCGUCAUCACGCUGGUCAGCUGUCUGCCCCUUUACAUCCUGAAGUACCUACGCAGACGCUUCUCCCCGCCCAGCUACUCCAAGCUGACCACUUAAAGACUGAGAGCAGCCUCCAGCCUCAUUUCCUGUGGGGAAGCAGAAAGGUGUCCCUGUCUUCAUCCCGCAGACCAGAGAAUCAAACACGGAUUCAUCCCCUUCAAUUUGUCCUGAAAAGCUGAAAUAGUCGACUUGGAAACGUGGAAGAUGGACCGUUGUGUCAGGGACGGGUUGUUUACUGAGAGCGAGUUACUUGCUACAUGUGCUUGCUGCAAAGACUAACUGAUGAACAUAGAAAUGUCCUGAACAGAAAUGUAAAUACGUAGUGUAACAACACGCAGCUUUUUAGCCCGUACGUAACAAAUUGAGGCACAAAAUCAGUUCGGUAAAGUCUGCAGGUCCAGUUUGUUUUAUAAUGUCAAACCUCGCAUCAACCAGAGUCACUGGAAAAGCUCGAUGUCUCUCACUCGGUUCUGUCGAUGUGUCAUUCGGGCUGGAAACUAAUUUUCUCUAAUUUCCAGCUCCAUCUUAAAUAGUAAAACCGGUUUUAUUGUUAGACACUGAAAUUGACGUAGCAUUCUCACUCAGGACUUGAUUCACACUCUCCUUAAACAGUGAUUUCUAAAUGGAGUUUGAGAAUACAUGGUUAAAAUAAAAAAAAGUUUACUGGCUAGACUUUGCAUAAAACACACGUCUGCAAGUUUGUGUAGUUGUUUGUGCGUCACCGCGAUGCUGCAGCCCGACACGGCGGAGGUGGUUGUUUAUUUUAGCAUGACCCGUGGUGUCUGAUGUUAAAUCUGUCUUUGUCUCUUUGUAUGGACCCUGACUUGUUAGUGUUUGUGGAGCGCGGUCAAAACGGCCACAAAGGAGCGUCGGUUAUUUGCAGCCGAAACCUUCCGCCGGGGCUCCCGGCCGGCUGCGUGUCUGCAGGGGAAUGUGCAGCCUCUCAUGUGGCUGCUCGGCAGGCCAGCACCGGCCACGCUUCUGCAUUGCAUGAUGACUCACUGUAACGGUGACCUAAAGCCAUAACUGAAAAUACCCCGGUGACCUGCGUCCAGCUGCCCCCUUUCAUGUCGUCUGAUCCAGGGCCCCCUCACUGCUCACUACUACUAACCUCCAGAGUUCAGCUGUGAAAGAAAAAAAGGACCAUAUCACGUCUCCUCUGUCAAAUACAAUGUGAAUAUUGUCAAUAAGUAUUACUACUGCACAUUGAGAUACUUCAGUCCUCAUGGUUCAUUAGUGGUGUGAUGGUGGAGAUACUGUAAAUAAUUAGCAUCUAACAGAAGUUCAUGACCACGCUGUUAAUUCAAAAACUAAUCUCAGUUUUGUUGGAAGGAGAUCGGUCACUUUUCUCAUGUGACUUGAUGAAUCUUAACGUGUCAAACAGAGCGUCCAGGGUGCCAAAACUAACAUUUCAAUAUGUUCAACCAAGAUUUGAAUCCCCACUGAAUUCCAAGCUGUUUGCACAGAAUUUUGUUUUGUACAACUGAUUGUAUUUUUAUGUUGUAAUAGAAGUGCAAAACAUAAAUGAUGCUAAAACGAUUUGUUUGCUUGUAAAUAACCUGUUUUUUUAAUUUAUUAACAUGUUUUAUUUAAUGGUGUUGAUUGCACUGAACUGAGCAGAACAAAAAGGGAGAGUUGUGUUGAUGUCAGUGUUGUGUUAAUGAUUAA